AUGCAAGUGUGCCGUUUUCUUCAGACAACCACUGAAUCAUCACUGGUUGCCACAUCAUCUACUGGAUCAUCCGUAUCAACGACAUCUUCUGAUUCUCACGUCACCACAGCCUCCCCGCCUGCUCCAAUAUCUCCACUUCUGGCUCCACCCAUUACGCUUCAAGACGUGAUGACACACGCUUCCGCGGAUCAUUUAACACCUAACGGUAAUUGA